AUGAAGAUCUUUUACAUGGGAGUCCUCCGCAACGAGCCCAAGCCGGCCUUGGAGCUCACCGGAGAAAAGGAUCUCACUAGUUUCUCGAGAUUUACUCGCCAGAACUAUGAAGAAUUCAUGAUGCAAGUCCCCGCUGCUAGGCUAUUUACAAAGACCGUGGCGGAAAGAACCAAGGCCGGUCAGAGACAAACAAUCGAGGAAAAGAGCUACACUUUCCAUUCCAUGAGCCGAGACGGUGUCGCCGGAGUCAUUGUCAGCGACAGUGAAUACCCUCCUCUUGUCGCGCAACAACUCCUGUCGAAAAUCACCGACGAAUUCCUCUCCAAACACCCUCGCAGCGAAUACUCUAACCCAAGCUUGCCAGAACGAGGCCUCGCUCUUCCUCAACUGGCUGAAUACAUCAAGAAAUACCAAGACCCGUCACAGGCGGAUUCGAUUAUGAAAAUCCAACAAGAGCUGGACCAGACCAAAAUUGUGCUACACAAAACUAUCGAAUCGGUUCUAGAGCGAGGAGAGAAAAUCGACAGUUUGGUUGCCAAGUCUGACGGCCUCUCAUCUCAAAGCAAGAUGUUCUAUACCCAAGCCAAGAAACAAAACUCAUGCUGCGUUGUUAUGUAG